AUCCCAAUCAGUUAUUUUUUGACUUUUUUUUUAGUUUUUUCAUCGAUUCUUCUCAAUUUUUUAAUUCAUUAUUUUAUUUAUGUUCUUCUAGUUAAAAAUAUUUUCUAUCAAUGUGUGGAUGUCGAACGCCUUCAGAUUUUAUUUGUGAUUUGCCUAUGGAAAUUAAUUUUGCUUUUUAUCCUCCACCAACAUACAAAUUCGAUCGAGAAAGGCUUACUAUUGAAAAAUAUGAACAAGAACAACAAUUUCAUUUAGAAACUAUAGCAAAUAAAAAGAAUUCGACAACUUCUAAUUCCGAAAAAGAAAGUUCUUGUGAGGUUUUAAAUUCAAAAAUUGAUCAAAUUACUCCAAUUCCUUCUGGGGGCCUUGUAAAGAAUUCAUUUUCAUCGUCGUCUUCUCCAUCAUUUUUUAAUUUGGAAAAUAAUCAAAAAAUUGAAAGGAGAGUUGAAACAAAUAUUUUAUUACCUUUAAAAAUUCAAUCAAAUGAAGAACAACAACAAUCAGUACUUUUACAACCACAAAGGCUAAAUGACGAAAACCCUGUUUUAAAUAAAGAUUUAACAAAAAAUAACAAAAAUCAAAUAAUGGAUUGUUUGGAAGAAUUUGAAGUUCGGCGACCAGAUCUUUUUGAUAUGGUUGAAUUAAAAUCAAUUGAUGAUCGAUUAGAAUUGGCUAAAUUAAUAUUAACUGCCAAUAAUCAACAAUCACCAACUUGGUAUGUUUUUUUGGGAAUUUAA